AUGGUCAACAACAAAAUCAUCGAGAUAGUCUCCUCGACGGAAGGGUCGCCAGCCCCACUCGUGCCUUCGCCUCGUCGCCUACGGUCGCGCAAACGACGCGCACCAACUGCACCAGCAGCUGAUGUAAUCGAGCUAACCGACUCUGAAGACGAGGUACAGCAUUUGCGGCACUCACGCAGUCCUCCAGAGAAGAAGGCCCGAGCAAAAUCCCCUGUGGCGGGCCCUUCACAACUCACCUCUCACGAGGCAGAAGCGCCUUUGUUCCUCCCCGGCUCCGAUGACGAAGCAGGUCCUUCUAACCCCAGUGGGAGCAGUGUCGCUGGGCCGCCCAAGCAAGCUGUGGCGGACAAGCCUGCUGAGGCUGCACCCCUUGCCGUGCCCGAGGCCCCCGUACUCCCGCCGAUGGCCUUUGCUGCAGUUGAGCCGGACCCCUUCGUUCCCGUCCCCGCAUCACAACCCGGCUCCUUGCUUGACGCGUCGCACGACCCGUACGACGCGUACAUCGCGCAGGUGCUUGAGAUAAUCCCAGAUGUGCUGCCCGAGCACGUGCGCUCCCUCGUGGAGAAUCACUUCCCUAACUACCAAGAGAAGGUUGUUGAGCCCGUGCUGCACGUCCUAUUCGAGGACCCGACGUACCCCAAGGCGGAUCCGAAAGGGAAGGGCAAGGCCAAGCGGAAGCGCGAGGAUGAGGUUGAUGCGGAGGAGCAGGCGCGUGCGAGCGCGAAGCCGAAGGUGGACUACGGAAGCAAGGAACGGGAGCAGCCUAGUGGGUUGCAAUAUUUCACGCUGGCGCACGAGCAAUUGGCUACUGAUUUUCCCGACAUACCAGUGUCACAUCUCCGAAAAGCAUUCUUUCGAAACAACAUGCUAUACGCGCCAACCUACAUGUACGUGUUUGAAGAGCGCAAGAGCGGCAACUUGCCGUACAAGCGGAAGACUAUUCGGGCGCGUGGAAAGGGGAAGGGUGUUGAACGGCUUGACGCAGAUCUCGAGAAGGAGAAGGAGUGGGUCAAGCUCAAGUUGCAAGAGACAGUCGUGCGCCGAGACCCCGAGGUGGCGGAGAAGUUGAACAAGCAGGAGUCCGAAGAGGCUGGCGACGGUAUCGAGUGCGGGUGUUGCUUCUCGUCGUAUCCAUUCGACAAGAUGAUCCAGUGCCCCGAAGCACAUCUCUUCUGCACAGCGUGCAUGACUACAUACUCAGAGACGCUUCUCGGCGCGCACGACGCGAAUAUCGUCUGCAUGGACCAGUCUGGGUGCAAGCUGCCCUUCCCAGAAUCGGAGCUCCGACGGUUCCUCACACCGAAAUUACUCGCGCUGUAUGACCGUGUGAAGCAGCGCAAGGAGAUAGAAGCGGCCGGCCUCGAGAAUCUUGAGGAGUGUCCGUUCUGCGACUAUAAGGUCGUGAUCGAUAAUCCUCAGGAGCGGCUGUUCAGAUGCGAAAAUCAGGAGUGUGGCGCCGUCACCUGCAGAGCAUGCAAGAAACCUGAUCAUCUACCAAAGAGUUGUAAAGAGGUGGAAGAUGACAAGAAGCUGGACGCUCAACAUACGAUUGAAGAGGCUAUGACGCGCGCUCUAAUGCGCAAUUGUCCCAAGUGUCAGAAAGCAUUUGUCAAGGAGAUGGGUUGCAACAAAAUGACGUGCCCGAACUGUCAUACAUUGUCUUGCUACGUGUGCCGGAAGAUAAUCACGGGCUACGAUCACUUUAACAACCCGCCUCCUUACAACGGGAAAUCGGACCCUGCGAAGUGUUUACUAUGGGAUUCUGUCGAGCAGCGCCACAGUGAUGAGGUAGCAGCUGCGGCAAAGAAGGCCUUGGAAGAUUACAAACGUGAACAUCCCGACGUCAACGACGAAGACAUAAAGAUCGAUAUCCCGCCCCCGCUCCCUGCCGCAGGCCCGUCAAACGUACUAUACCAAGCGGACGGCAUUCACAUUCGCGCGGUGCCCAUUGGAGUGAACCAAGCACAGGAGCUCGCCCGCCAGCAGCGGCGUCAGGCUCAGAUAAUGCAACAACAAAUGGCUGCCGCUCGUUUGGCUCAGCAACAAGCGGCACAGGCGGGUGCUGUAUACAAUGUACACCUCAAUUUCAACGGCCUGCCCGUUGCAGUGCCAGCUCCUGUACCACUCCUCGGUUUUGCUCCUCCGCCGCUGCCUCUGCUGCCUGCUCCGCCUCUUCAUGCUCCUGUCCCCAGACCUGCGAGAGCGCCACGGCGUGCUAGAGUCGCGAGGAGGCGUUAA